ACGCGCGCUCACUGCCGCACUGGACAGUCACAUGACAGGUAAACAGACGUUAUGGACCUCUCUCGCUUUCAAACUUUAUCACGAUUUCGCCGUUAGACUGCGAAAGCGAUGGACAGAAGGGGAUUUUUGACGGCUUCUGAUCUCCAGUGAUAUGUCAGCUAAACCCCUGCGUCAUGUCUGUGGAUGGCCCCCGGACCUCUGUUUUCACCUUUCAGUCCGCUGUUCACAGCCAUCAUGUUCUUCGCUCGCUGGAGGAGCUGAGACAGAAGGAGCUCUUGUGCGAUGUGACCGUUGAAGUGGAGCGCAGGAGCUUUCGAGCGCACUCUUCAGUGCUGGCUUCCUGCAGCGGCUAUUUUUACACCAGACUGACAAACCACAGUCGAGCAGACCUCACCGUCAGGUUACCGGAUGAGGUCACGGUGGAAGGAUUUGAGCCGCUUCUGCAGUUUGCCUACACUGCAAAACUUCACUUCACGAAAGAAAACAUCAUGGAGAUCCACAGAUGUGCCGAAUUUCUCGGAUUUCAAAACCUGGAUAAAGCCUGCUUUGAAUUCCUCGUCCCAAAGUUUUCUGAUGGUGGUGGAAGCUCGAAAAAAGUGAAGAGUAAAAGCAAGAGCCAAGCGUCCCGUGAGAAAUCACAAGCCGUCUGCAGUCCAAACGACCAAAACCCGGAAACUGAAGAAGAUUGUGUACCUCAAGAUGCAAGCACUGUCAUGCAAGCUGCAUCUAUAACAUCCUCUGCAGAAAGUCCUAAAGAUUGUCCCCCAAUCUCAAAUGACAAAGAAAUGCAGUUAGAUUUGUCCCCACUUUACUCAAGAAGCACUUCAUACCACAUGGGUGAUGGCCAGGAUCAGUUUUGCCUGCAGAGCUGUGGCCCACAGUUGCAUUCGUCUUCCUUGGCGGCUGCUGAAGUUUGUCCUUUCCUGUCUAUUUCGAGCACCGGUGACAAUGAGAAACUGCAUUCUUCUGCAGCUGGCUGUAGUGGGGAGAUUUUAGCAAUGGAGGACGAAUUCCAGAAGGAUAUGCAUUGUGAACCGCCUACUGAUAAAGACCUGGACAUAGCCAGUAUCACCGAGGGCCAUUUUGACCAACGUGAAGGGCCUCUAAUGCCGUCCAACGACUGUACCCAGCUAUGUCCUCUGAAUUCCACGCAGUCAAGCGGGGUUUUGGACGGCAUUUCUGGCUCUCCAGACCUAAGCAACAUUGGCACCGAAGACAACCGGGUGUUUGAUUCCAACGAACAAACAUUCUCGGAACUGACCCCCAAAGAUUGCUCCACAGAACGAAGCAUGGAGGAAAGGGAAGUGGCUGAACAUCUUGCAAAGGGUUUUUGGCCGGAUUUGGCCUCCACGUUAAAUGAGCCACUACCUUUGGACUCUAUUGACCAGUCAUCUGCAGGAAAUGGCUCAGACUUCCACUGGUUAAAGCAUCUGGAUCUGGGAGCUGCGCCUGAUGAUUGUCCCUUCCUGAGAGACCUGAGCUCUAACGAUAGACAGACAUGUGGAGGGGACACUCUGUCCAAAGAGGACACUGGAGAUAGUCCCUACAUGUCCCCCAUUAACUCAAUGGAAAACUCUGAGUGUGAAUCGGAUGGAGACUGCACGCAGUGCGGUAGCAGUGAACAAAUGCAAGAGGUGGAUUUGCCAUUCCCUGUGGAGCAAAUUUCCAGCAUGACCCGGAGAGCGUUCCUGCAGAUGUUAAAACGCGAGCAACUGACACCAGAACAGCUGGAGUUUGUUCAGGAUGUGAGGCGGCGCAGUAAGAACCGCAUGGCUGCACAGCGUUGCCGCAAGAGAAAGUUGGACUGCAUCUACAGACUGGAGGGAGAAAUCAAGAAACUGAAGGAGAAAUUACUGCAAGAUCACAACCAGCUGUAUUGCAAGCUUAGCAUAGAGGAUCCCCGUCAGAGCCUUCGAGGCCUUUGUCAGAGCCUCUGUCAAGAUGGAGAGCCUCGUCCACAGUUGAACAGGUCCCACCUCCGUACGUCUCCUCCUCCCACCCUCCUCACCCCCAUAGCCUCUCCUAGCCUGGCUGGCCCAGACCAGGACACCCAUGGGAACUCCUCCCUGGACACCUUUCUUGCAGACACAUGUCCUGAAGGAGACACAGUAGCACUCAGGUUGCCCACUGCCUUCCUUCAAGACAACGUCCAGAGCACUGUUACAGAUCCAGCUCCAUGAUGUUCAACAGAGCAAAGCAGCUUGGGAAUGGUCUGAUAUUUCAGUUUUACUCAGGAGCUUACCUUUCUGCUGCCGUCAGUUACACUUUUGAGCAUUACUUUCUUAUUAGGAGCACUUUCAUAAUGUUUCCAAGUAUGGACGUGACUAAAUUUGCACUAUUAACAGGAGUUUCGUAUGGAAAUGCUAUAUUGAUGCAUACGGAUAUCACUUUCAUUCCUUGUUUGCUGUUGCGCCAUAGAGGUCAUUCCUGUUAUGCCACACAUUUUGAACUCUGAGACUUAAAAAAAUGAAGUAUUUCAGAAAUAUGUUCUGCUAAGCUCAGGCUCAUAAAGUGUUAAUUAUAUACUUGUAAAUAAUUGUUUAAUUACAGACUGAUAGUUAGCUAAUUUAGUUAAUUUUGAUAUUUUUAACCAUGUUUUGAUAUUUUGAUUCUAUCAUACCCAUUUUCCAACAGGCAGGAAUAUUUUAAAGACAAACAAACUAAUAGCACAAGACAUCAAAUAAUUCUUUAAAUUAAUUGCUAAUACAUGCAUAUGAUGAUGUGUGAUUUCCUACCAAAAAUGUCACUUCCUGGACAAUCAUGUCAUUAAGGAAGUGGCUUUUGGGAUUUUUCAGCAGACUAAUAGUGUGGAAAGCAAAAGUGAAGACAAAGGAAAUCUCAAUAAAAAGAUUAGAAAUGAAAACAAUGUAACCAAGUUUGGUUUAAAUAUUUUGAUUAAACAAAGAAAAGCACUUGGAAUAUUUCUUAAUAAAUUGUUUUUUUUUAAUGUUUUUUUUUUAGUGUAUUGUAAUUUGUCAUUAAAGAAAACUAAUAUGACUUUAAUUUGCAACAAAUGUCAAUUUUAUAUUUUUAUUCAAAUAUAGACAUGUGAAAAUGUACUACAUAACAGGAAUGACCCCUGGAUUAAUUUCCAGUCCUAACAUUAACUUCAUGUAAACUGCCACAAAGGACAAUCAUUGUAAUACUUUAUUAUGUCAAUGGAUGAUGAUUUUGUUAUGCUAUGUAGAGCAUAUAAAUAAGUACAUUCCAGUGUAUUCCUAAUACGCCUUUGCAUUACCGGCAUGAAAAUUGUGCAUUGAAUAUGCAUCUCUCUUUUUUUAAGUAUUCAUAUAUGCAUACGUCAUAGUUAUAGUGACAUUUAAAUAACUGGCAAGUAAGAUUUCAUGCAUAUCAUGUAAGGUUUGUGAAAAAAAGCAUAGAAUCCAUAGGCUUUUAUCCAUAGGUAAAAAAAAAAAAAUAGAGAACGUUUAGAUACUGUUCACUUUUUGCUUGUGAAUGUGGAAUGCGUUUGGAAAAAGAUCAGUUUCAAGGUCAAUGUAAAAUCAAAAUUGAUUGUAUUUCCAUUCUUAAUACAUGUUUCUGGUCUUAUUGUGCACGAUUCUCCAUUACACUUUAUUUCAAUGAAAUGUUGUCUAGUAUUUCAUCAAAAUGUAUUAUCUUCUGAAAUGACUUUCCCUUUCAGCUGAUGUCAUCAAGGCCAUGCAGUCUAUUGGCUAUUGGAUCACAAAUAGAGAUUAAGGCAUUAUUUUAACUCUUGUUGUGGUACUUUUCAUCAGUUUCUAACCUACUUUUUUUUUUCUAGCGAAAUAUCCUGUUUGACUCAGAAUUACUUCACAUUAUGGAAGUAAAAUGGGCUGCAAAUGCUUCCAAUUGAAUAAAAGACAACAUGUUCAUUUUGCAAUUGUAGCAUCAAUGGAAUGUUCUAUUCUUACUCUUUCAUGCCUUUUGUUUUUGUUGUUUUUGUUUUGUUUUAACCCUGUAACCGAAAUACUGUCAUGUAGACCUAGAAUGCACUGUAUAAUUCACUAUUUGAUUCAGAUUUAACAGAUAGUAGCAAAUAAAAUGUUUUUUUUUUUUUUCA